GGAUGCACUAUGGGAAGAAGGCGAGUCGGUGGAGGCAGUGUCCUGCUUUGGUCAAUGUUCUGCUGGGAAACCUUGGGUCCUGCUUCCAUGUGGAUGUUCCUUUGACACGUACCACCUACCUAAGCAUUGUUACAGACCAUCUACACCGUUUCAUGGAAACGGUAUUCCCUGAUGGCUGUGGCCUCUUUCAGCAGGAUAAUGCACCGUGACACAAAGCAGAAAUGGUUCAGGAAUGGUUUGAUGACCACAACAACCAGUUUGAGGUGUUGACUCCGCCUCCAAAUUCCCCAGAUCUCAAUCCAAUCCAGCGUCUGUGGGAUGUUCUGGACAAACAAGUCCCAUCCAUGGAGGCUCCACCUCACAACUUACAGGACUUAAAGGAUCUGCUGCUAACAUCUUGGUGAUCCAGAUCCCACAGCACACCUUCAGGGAUCUAGUGGAGUCCAUGCCUCGACAGGUCAGGGCUGUUUUAGCAGCAAAAGGAGGGGGACCAACACAAUAUCAGGUGGUCAUAAUGUUAUGGCUGAUCGGUGUGUAACGCUUUUUUUUUUUUAGAUAUUUAAGAAUAUAUAUAACCCACUGAAACGUAUGAAAUGAAAUAAUCUGUAUCUAAACUCUCACUGUGAGGUCAGUGGAAGAUCCAUAGCAGGAAGGACGCGCUGAGAAACUGACCAAAUAAAGACCAUGCAGUAAUAAAGCAUUGCACGAGGUAUGUCCUGGUAUUGUCCAUUUCCGGCGAAUUAAAUAUAGCGAAGAACCUUUCUGGCCACGCCCUACUUGGCUGUGAUUGGAUAGAAAAUGAUGAUUAACAUUUGUUCAGGAUUAAAGGCAGAUUCCACAGCUGCGGGUUUUGCGGAUGUUGAUGCUGAAUUGCUCUAAAACGUCAGCGCGCAGAUGACGUAUUACCGACUCGCGCGAGGGGCGGAGUGACACCCGGGACUUAAAGAAAAAAUAAAUCAGCGGUCAGUGUCGGUGCUCGGGGUGUGAAUCAGCGCGGAGGUGCGGGGAAGCUUCCGGGAGCAGAGCUGCAGAGACAUGCGGAGGACGGGGCGCGGAGUGUGACGCUUUAACACCGGGAUCUUAUUGUUUUUGUUGUGUUAUUGUUGUUAUUAUUAACGGGAUUCGAGCACCGGGACGAGAAGAAAGAGGAGGAGGAGGAGGAGGAGGAGGACAGGAGGAAGGACAGAGCAUCCAUCACCUUCGGGCAAACCGUCGAUGUGAUAUUAAACACCGUGUCUGUGUGAGCAGUUACACAACCUGACACACACACACACGCACACACACACCGGGGCUGAUGAGACGCAGUUAUCUCAGUGUAACUCGGUAUCACAGCCGGUUCCGUUAGUACCGGGAGUGUGGAUGGGAAACAGCACCGCGCGGCCUCGAUCAGCUCACGAGCGCAGCGGAAGAGAAUAACCGCGCUUGAUAACGGAUAUAAUAAGAAUAAUUAGAUUAAUAACGGACAUCAGGCUGAAGCAGGGAAGAUGUCGGGUCAGACGUUAACGGACCGAAUCGCCGCGGCGCAGUACAGCCUGACCGGCUCCGAGGUGGCGCGCGCUGUGUGUAAGGCCACCACGCAUGAAGUAAUGGCACCCAAGAAGAAACACCUAGAGUAUCUGAUCCAGGCCACGCAGGAGUCCAACGUGAACAUCCCUCAGAUGGCUGACACGUUGUUCGAGCGAGCGGGGAAUGCCAGCUGGAUUGUGGUGUUCAAGGCUCUGGUCACUACACACCACCUCAUGGUCCACGGUAACGAGAGAUUCAUCCAGUUCCUCGCCUCCAGAAACACGCUCUUCAACCUCAGCAACUUCCUGGACAAGACAGGAUCACACGGUUACGACAUGUCCACCUUUAUCCGGCGCUACAGCAGGUACCUGAAUGAGAAAGCCUUCUCUUACAGACAGAUGGCCUUCGACUUCAGCAGAGUGAAGAAAGGUAAUGAUGGUGUGAUGAGGACGAUGGCUACAGAUAAACUCCUGAAAGGCAUGUCCACUCUGCAGAAUCAGAUCGACGCUCUGCUGGAGUUUGAUGUCCAUCCUAAAGAUCUGGUCAAUGGUGUCAUCAAUGCUGCGUUUCUGCUCCUCUUUAAGGAUCUAAUUAAAUUAUACGCCUGCUAUAAUGAUGGAAUUAUUAAUUUAUUAGAGAAAUUCUUCCAGAUGAAGAAAGGUCAGUGCAAAGAUGCUUUAGAAAUCUACAAAAAGUUCCUGACACGAAUGACCCGAGUGUCAGAGUUCCUCAAAAUCGCAGAGCAGGUGGGAAUCGAUAAGAGUGAUAUACCAGAGCUCACUCAGGCACCUGAGAGUCUGUUGGAGUCUCUGGAGACACACCUGAACACACUGGAGGGGAAGCGGGGGUCACCAACUAAGAAGAGUUCUUCAGUCAGUAAUGGAACUCCUGCAGGAACUCCAGUGAAGACUAUGAAUGAAGUUCCUGCACCAGCAGAAGCUCAGAGCUCCAGUGUGACGGCAACAGCAGCUACAGUGAGUGGGUUCAGUGAGUUGGUGGAUUUUGAUUUGUUGGCUCCGAGUGCAGGCGCAUCAGCAGCUCCGGCGUCUGUGUGGGGAGAUCUGCUGGGUGAGGCUGCUGCUGUUAGUUCUUCCUCUGCACUCCUCUCUGAGUCUGUUGCUCCUGCUGAAGUUUCUGAAUUGAGUAAUGCUGCUGCAGCUGAACCUGUGGCUAAUGCUAAUGCUACUGCUCAUCCUAGCGCUGGUGCUAAUGCUAACGCUAACAUUGCUGCUCCUGCUGCGACCUCCUCGCUGUCAGACGUGGACCUGUUUGGAGAUGCAUUUGCCCUGUCCCCGGGUGAUGGAUCAGCAGAGGGCGGAGCUCCAACAGUGGCUGCUGAUGCAUUUACUGGUUCUGACCCCUGGGCUCCCUCUGAGGGGAGUGUGGAAGUGGCCCCAGAGCUCGACCUUUUUGCCAUGAAGCCAGCAGAGGGCAGCACUGAGAGCCCCAGUAACGGAGAGCUGAGCACCACGCCCACUGUCGACCCUGAAAAUGCCCCUGAAACCACCCCUCCUACUCCCCCUGCCCCCGCCACAGAGUCCGAGGCCCCCCUGGCACCCCCAGCCCCCUCGGCCCCUGCGGCGCUAGACAUCUUUGGCGAUAUGUUUGAUUCUGUGCCUGAACAAAAUGCCUCCUCAGAGCCCAAAGCCGCUGUAACUCCCACUAACGUAGAUCUGUUCAGUGCAGAUCUCCCUGCUGUCUCUCGAGGCCCUUCACCUUUACCUGAUGCUUCAGUUACCGCUGAUCUUUUAUCUGACUCCUUCAUCACUCCGGCUCCAUCUGUCGUUGCUGAUCCAGUGUCUCCACCCAAAACUGAAGCACCUGUGUUGGACCUGCUGGAUACGUUUGGAGAACCUGCAGUGGAACCGCACACUUCUACAUCUACAGGAGAUUUGCUUGGAGGUUUGAUUUCCCCUGUUGCCCCAACCGCCACUCCUGUUUCCGUGGCAACCACAGCAUCUGCUGCUCCAAGCAACCUGCUGGAUUCAGGCUUUGAUGCUUUUGCUCUGCCUCCUGACAGCUCUGUGACCUCUGACCCUCUGUCGGCCUCGACAGCGCCCUCUGGAGGAUUCGAUGCCUCAGUGUUUGAUGGACUAGGGGACCUCCUCAUGCCCUCCAUAACCCCUCAGAGUACUGGUGGCAGUAGUACUCCUAUAGUUCCUCCAGCAUCUCCUAUAGUUGCUGCAGCCCCAGCAGCCACGCCCACUGCCACGCCCACCAUGAUGCCCACUGCCAUGCCCGCCAUGAUGCCCACCAGUGGUCUGCCUGCUAAAGCCAUCAGUAUAGAUCUGGACGAAUCACUUGCAAACCUGGUUGGAAAUCUGGGAAUGGGAAGUCAGAAAAAGGAUGGUGAGAAGAAGCUGACCGGUGGAAUGAACUGGACUCCUCAGGUCGCCCCCACCAGCUGGAGUGCUGCACCCAUGGCUGGAGCAACAUCUGGAGCACCUCCUACUGGAGCCAUGCAUCCACCCAUGGGAACGCAGCCUGCAUUUAGCCUGCCCCCUGCAGGAGGUGCUGGAGCUCCCAUGAUGCCUCAGCAGAUGAUGAUGGGACAGUCGAUGAUGAGACCUCCCUUUGCAGCAACAGCACCACUUUCUCCAGGUCCUGCAGUUCAGAGCCCCAAGAAGCCGCAGACUAAAGACCCUUUGUCCGAACUUAACAUUAAAGACUUCUUAUAAUUUGUGAGUGAUUUUGGCCUUGGCUCUGUUGAAAGCUGAUCGUUUACACCCACAUACACCUGAAGUACCUGCAGUUAGCCCCGUCCCUUAUUUCAUAACCACACCCAUUCCUCCUUCCUGCGCUGUGUAUGUUGUAGCACAAACUGUGAAGUAAACUGUAGAGAAAAAAAAGAAAAAUAUAUAAUGGGUGAAGAUAGAGAUAGAG